GGGAAUCGAGAAUAACUGAACACCCCAUAAUAUCCUCCUCCUCCUCCUUCUGCUCUGUGCACCCAACCCUUAUUUCCCUUUUCCUUAAUCUCCGAGCAAGACAUACAACGAAAUCCAUAACCAAGUCAAACUAGCUCAACUCAACUCAACACUUCACUUCACUAGUCUUUGAUUAUUUUUUCUAUAGUUAUAAUGCAAAAGAGUCCUUCAGCUUCUUCCUUGGGUCCAGGUGGUCUAGACCUGGCUCAAGCCUUCUUCAAGCCCAUCCAAAACUGCGAUCCACCUUCCUCCACCAAGCGCCAUACCAAGAUCUCCGUCAUCGGAGUUGGGAACGUCGGUAUGGCUAUCGCCCAAACUAUCCUCACCCAGGACUUAGCCGAUGAACUCGCCCUCGUCGACGCCAAGUCUGACAAGCUCCGCGGCGAAAUGCUCGAUCUCCAACACGCCGCGGCGUUCCUCCCACGCACUAAAAUCAACGCGUCCGUUGAUUACUCCGUCACCGCUGGAUCUGAUCUGUGUAUUGUCACUGCUGGCGCCCGUCAAAACCCUGGCGAGUCUAGGCUGAAUCUGCUGCAGAGGAACGUUGCUCUGUUUUCGAACAUUAUUCCUCCACUGGCAAAGUACUCGCCGGAUUCGAUUCUAUUGAUUGUUUCGAAUCCGGUGGAUGUGCUAACUUACGUGUCUUGGAAACUGUCGGGAUUUCCAUCGAAUCGGGUCAUCGGUUCGGGAACAAACUUGGAUUCGUCGAGGUUUCGGUUCUUGAUCGCCGAUCAUUUGGACGUCAACGCUCAGGAUGUGCAGGCCUUCAUAGUUGGUGAGCAUGGAGACAGCUCGGUAGCACUCUGGUCUAGCAUUAGUAUUGGUGGAGUGCCGGUGUUAAGCUUCCUAAAGAACCAGCAAAUUGCCUACGAAAAGCAGACCCUUGAGAACAUUCACAAAGCUGUUGUUGAGAGUGCGUAUGAGGUGAUUAGUCUCAAAGGGUACACUUCUUGGGCAAUUGGCUACUCAGUGGCUAACUUGGCUAGAAGUCUACUUAGAGAUCAGCGGAAAAUCCACCCAGUCUCAGUCCUUGCCAAGGGGUUUUACGGUAUCGACGGUGGUGAAGUUUUCUUGAGCUUGCCAGCACAGCUCGGUAGAGGUGGAGUCUUGGGCGUCACCAAUAUCCAUUUGACUGAUGAGGAGGUGCAAAGGCUUAGGAAAUCGGCUGAGACCAUUCUUGAAGUUCAAAGUCAGUUGGGAUUGUAAGAAACUACUGUUGCCUACCAAUAUUUGAAAGGUUCUUUUUCUUUAAUGUGUAUUUUAGGUUUUGUACUUGGUAUUUAAGUUUUGUUGGAUCUACGGAUACUUGGAUUGGAAAAUCAUUCAACAAAUUGCUACCUCUUAUUAGUACUUA